UCUCUACCCCGCUAGAUUUGCGGCAUGGAGCGGUGAUCGUGCGUUGCGUCCGUGAGAAUAAGAGCACGUGGAAAGCUUUUAAAAACAUGACGACCAUCCGACAAUUUACGUGCGACGAUCUCUUCUUGUUCAACAAUGUCAACUUGGAUCCUCUCACCGAAACCUACGGGUUAUCAUUCUACCUCCAGUACCUGGCUCACUGGCCCGAAUACUUCCAGGUCGCCGAGUCUCCAAACGGCGACAUCAUGGGCUACAUCAUGGGCAAGGCGGAGGGCGUCCAGGAGAACUGGCACGGCCACGUGACGGCUCUCACGGUCGCACCCGAGUACCGGAAGCUGGGAGUUGCGGCCAUGCUAAUGUCGGGCCUGGAGUACAUCUCUGAGAAGAAGCAGGCGUACUUUGUAGAUUUAUUCGUUCGAGUGUCCAACAAGGUUGCUGUCGACAUGUACAAGCGACUGGGGUACAGCGUCUACAGGAGAGUCCUGGAGUACUACUUCGGUGACCCCGACGAAGACGCUUUUGACAUGCGCAAGGCACUUUCGAGGGACAUCCUCAAGAAGUCGGUGAUCCCCUUAGCACACCCUGUACGUCCCGAAGAUGUGGACUGAGUUAGUAUUUGCGAAAUAAAGUAAGACGACGGGA